UGCAGUAGCUGGGAUUACAGGCGAGAGCUCAUUUAAUUUUCUUGACAGAUAGUCUUCUGAUCCAUGAACUGAUUUGAAUCUAUCAUUUACUAACCCUGUUCUUGGGCAAGCUGCUCUAUAUUUGUAAAACAUUUUAAAAAUCAGAUAUCAACCUCUAAGAGUGAGAAUUGGAUAACCUUAGAAAAGUGCCAGACACAUUUAGAGAGCCUAACAAAAGAUAGCAAAUUUUGGUGCUUCUAAAGGCCAGAGACAGACCAUGUCCAUUAUAUCUUUGCCAUAUAUAAUAGUAGUGAGUGAUUUUUAAAGCAGUACUUUUAACUUGCUUGUGAGCCCCGAAAUAAUUUUUGUAAAACUGUCCCUCUUGCACACUUUUGGUUAACUUAGAGCAUUUUACAUCAUGCGUUAGUUGAAAAGGAUGCAAUUUCCCACAUGGGAUUGAUAUUAACAUUUUAAUAUGUUGGUACAUCAAUCUUUUAACUGUGUUCAGUGGAGUAUCGUAUCUUUGUAGUUUUAUAUCCAUCACCAUCAAUUUUUAAAAUACAUUAUAUUUUACACACUUCCUUUUUGAAAAAAUUUUACUUUUUUAUCACCCCUACCCCACAGAAUAUUAUCUUAAGAUAAUGUAUUUUUAUGCUUGAAAGCUUUUUAUCAAUCUCUGUGAUACAUGUCUUUAAUAACAAUGUUUAUAUAAAUUGAAACUAAGUUUAAAAAUUUCCUAUAACUAAUUUUGUAAGUUGUAAUUUUUCUUUUGGGUUGAGUUAUUAUAAAUAGUUGAUCAGAAUAGCAUAAACACCUGAUGGAUUUUAAUGAAGAAUAAUUAUUAAAAGUAGAAGUUUACUGGAAAUCUGUUUCUUAAUGGAAUGGAUAGUGGGAGUUGUGCCUAAAUUAAAGGAGGGUCUUUGAACCCUUUGACUUAUUGUUUGUUGGUAGGAAGGCUUUUCCAUCCUGGGGCAGUGUACCAUAGUAAGAAUAGGAGUGGGUGAGAAGUAUUCCUUUGUUUCGUAAAGUGGAAGAUUGUGAAAGGAUUAAAACUAGCAUGAUAACUGAACAGUGGGCAUAUUCUCAGGCAGUUCAGUUUAGUGAGGAAUACUCAUGGGAGUAAAGGAUCUGGAAGCCUUUUUCUUAAAAUUACACAUGUUGUUGGUGUAUGCCCCAUGGAAGACUUUAUUUGUUCCCAGUUUGAAGACCAUUUAGAGUGAUAAUUCUCAGCGGGCGACGAUUUUGCUGCCCAAGAGUCAUCUUAGUGGGAUUUGGGGAAGCAACAGGGCUGUGUAGGGUAACCUGCCACCUUUAAGUGGAAAUCAGAAAUGGAGCAAGAGCCACAAAAUGGAGAACCUGCUGAAAUUAAGAUCAUCAGAGAAGCAUAUAAGAAGGCCUUUUUGUUUGUUAACAAAGGUCUAAAUACAGAUGAAUUAGGUCAGAAGGAAGAAGCAAAGAACUACUAUAAGCAAGGAAUAGGACACCUGCUCAGAGGGAUCAGCAUUUCAUCAACAGAGUCUGAACACACAGGCCCUGGGUGGGAAUCUGCUAGACAAAUGCAACAGAAAAUGAAAGAAACACUACAGAAUGUACGCACCAGGCUGGAAAUUCUAGAGAAGGGUCUUGCAACUUCUCUACAGAAUGAUCUUCAGGAGGUGCCCAAGUUAUAUCCAGAAUUUCCACCUAAAGACAUGUGUGAAAAAUUGCCAGAGCCUCAGUCUUUUAGUUCAGCUCCUCAGCAUGCUGAAGUAGAUGGAAACACCUCAACUCCAAGUGCAGGGGCAGUUGCUGCGCCUGCUUCUCUCUCUUUACCAUCCCAAAGUUGUCCAGCAGAAGCUCCUCCUGCUUAUACUCCUCAGGCUGCUGAAGGUCACUACACUGUAUCCUAUGGAACGGAUUCUGGGGAGUUUUCAUCAGUUGGAGAAGAGUUUUAUAGGAAUCAUUCUCAGCCGCCGCCUCUUGAGACUUUAGGGCUAGAUGCAGAUGAAUUGAUUUUGAUACCAAAUGGAGUACAGAUUUUUUUUGUAAAUCCUGCAGGGGAGGUUAGUGCACCUUCGUAUCCUGGGUACCUUCGAAUUGUGAGGUUUUUGGAUAAUUCUCUUGAUACGGUUCUAAACCGUCCUCCUGGGUUUCUUCAGGUUUGUGACUGGUUGUAUCCUCUAGUUCCUGAUAGAUCUCCAGUUCUGAAAUGUACUGCAGGAGCCUACAUGUUUCCUGAUACAAUGCUGCAAGCAGCAGGAUGCUUUGUGGGGGUCGUCCUGUCCUCUGAGUUACCAGAGGAUGAUAGAGAGCUCUUUGAGGAUCUAUUAAGGCAAAUGUCUGACCUUCGGCUCCAGGCCAACUGGAACAGAGCAGAAGAAGAAAAUGAAUUCCAAAUCCCUGGAAGAACUAGACCCUCCUCUGACCAACUAAAAGAAGCCUCGGGCACUGAUGUGAAACAGUUGGACCAAGGCAAUAAGGAUGUACGUCAUAAAGGAAAACGUGGAAAAAGGGCUAAAGAUACUUCAAGUGAAGAAGUUAACCUGAGUCACAUUGUACCAUGUGAGCCAGUUCCAGAAGAAAAAUCAAAAGAAUUACCUGAAUGGAGUGAGAAAGUGGCUCACAACAUUUUGUCAGGUGCUUCCUGGGUGAGUUGGGGUUUAAUCAAAGGUGCUGAGUUUACUGGCAAAGCAAUUCAGAAAGGUGCUUCUAAACUCCGAGAGCGGAUUCAACCAGAAGAAAAACCUGUGGAAGUUAGUCCAGCUGUCACCAAGGGACUUUAUAUAGCGAAGCAAGCUACAGGAGGAGCAGCAAAAGUCAGUCAGUUCCUGGUUGAUGGAGUUUGCACUGUAGCGAAUUGCGUUGGAAAAGAACUAGCUCCACAUGUCAAGAAGCAUGGAAGCAAACUAGUUCCAGAAUCUCUUAAAAAAGACAAAGAUGGGAAAUCUCCUCUGGAUGGUGCCAUGGUUGUAGCAGCAAGUAGUGUUCAAGGAUUUUCAACUGUUUGGCAAGGAUUGGAAUGUGCAGCUAAAUGCAUUGUUAACAAUGUUUCAGCAGAAACUGUACAAACUGUCAGAUAUAAAUACGGGUAUAAUGCAGGAGAAGCUACCCACAAUGCGGUGGAUUCUGCAGUCAAUGUUGGCGUAACUGCCUACAAUAUUAACAACAUUGGUAUCAAAGCAAUGGUGAAGAAAACUGCAACACAAACAGGACACACUCUCCUUGAGGACUAUCAGAUAGUUGAUAAUUCUCAGAGGGAAAAUCAAGAAGGAGCAGCAAAUGUCAACGUGAGAGGGGAGAAGGAUGAGCAGACGAAGGAAGUAAAGGAGGCAAAGAAGAAAGAUAAAUGAUGAAGUGCUGGGAAUCACCUAUACCAAAGCCUUAUGAAAUGGAUGAAAUUUUGUUAUGUAAGCAAAUGUGGAAUUCCUCACAGAUUAACCAGUAUUUUUUAAAUGUAUUCAUUCCUACAAAUUAACUUUCAUAAAUUUUAUGGCAUGUCUUCUAUUUAAAAGGAAAAGAAUAAGUAUUCUUGCGUCUGGCCUUAGAAAUGUGAAGUAAUAUUCUCAAGUUUAUUUUUUCCAAGUGUAGCUGAAAUAUUUUUGCAGGUAAAAUAAAGCUAAUAAUACAUGUGCUAUUUAGACCUUAUUAAACCUAAUGUUGAACUAUUUUUAUAUCUGCUAUAUUUCAGAAAGCAAAUUAGGAAACUAUAUAUUUGCUUAAAAAUUGGCAUUUAGUAACCUUAAUUCUUUUUAUAGAAGGCUUAAAGUAUUGUCUCCUCUUUUUGCACUAAGUGUGGAUUUUUUUAGAUGCUUCUCAAAAUUUUCAGUGUGUAAGCUAAACCUAAUCCUAAACUAAGAAUUCUCAGAAAGACUUGUUCAAAACGGAAAGACUGCUGAAAAGUAAAUGGACUACUUUUGUAACUUACCUGUUUGUUAGGAAAUGGAAUGGUCUUUUUGAUUUAAAAUGAAUAAAAAUAGAUGAUUACAUCUUUUGUAUUGAGACCGAUUGUUCUCUUAUGAGCCUAGGACAUUUGGGAACAUGAUUGUUUUGUAUUAAAAUUCAAAGUGAUUAUUAUCAGCUUAAUUGGAUUAAAAAAGUACUUCAAGAAAUUAUUUUAUCAUAUCUGCUUCUGUUUUUCCAAAAGGUUAAAACUUGUAAAAUAUAUAUAUAUAUAUAUAUAAACACAGAAUUGAGUUAAAUAAUGGUAAACAUUUUUAUUCUGGGAUUCGAUCAUUGGAAUUUAUAUUAAAAGACAAGUUAUUAAAAAGGAAAGGUUCGUUCAUAAUCAAGGUAAAGAAUAUGAAAACCUUAGGCGUAAUCCAUGGUGGAUAGGCAUUAUGGUUUCCACUUUGGCAGGAGGCAGACUAUUCACAGACCUGUUUACUUACAUGGGCUAAAAAACUAUGUAACUAAAUACCUAAUGGUAUUUUAUUUUUGUUUACUGAAUUUAAGAGAUUGGUGUUAGUUUUCAUAGCUGUAGUCCAUUCUAAUAAUUUCUGAUCUUCUAGUGGCUACUUAGACAUUAUUUGAAGCUGUCUGAAGAAUGCACUUUAUGAAUUAAAAAACUCUGAAUUGCCUGACCUCAUUAUCACAUGGGCUUAUAUUUUGGGAACACAUGGAACUGAUGUAGGCUUUUCCUAAGACCAAGGAUAAUGUACUAGUUGACAAAAUGGAAAUAAAAGUGAAUUGGUAAAUAGCUUACAGUCUAUGCUUUAAGAAAUAGAAUGGCACUUCAUAUAUUCUCAUUUGUGGGAGCUAAAAAUUACAAUAAUCGAACUUAUGGAGAUAGAGAGUAGAAUGAUGGUUAUCAGAGGCUGGGAGGCAUUGAAGGGAUAGGAAGGGAAGUGAGGUUGAUUAAUGGGUAUGAAAAUACAGUUAGUUAGAACGAAUUAGUUCUAGUGUUUGAUAGCCUAACAGGGUGACUACAGUCAGCAAUAACUUUUUAUACAUUUAAAAAUAAAAGAGCGUAAUUGGGACGUUUGUAACACAAAUGAAUGCUUGAAGCAGUAGAUACACCCUGAUGUAAUUAUUAUGAAUCAUAUACCUGUAUCAAAAUACCUCAUGUAUCCCAUACAUAUAUACACCUACCACGUACCCAUAAAAAUUAAAAAUUUUAAAAAAUUUAAAAAGAAAUGGAAUGGCAAAUAAUGGAAUGUAAACUUUAAAUAGUUAGCUUUGACCAGAGGUCAGCAAAUAUCCUCCAUGGGCUAAAUCCAGAUGGCCACCUGUUUUCAAGCCUAACUUAUUCACACUCUCUGGCCCUUUGCAGAAAAAGUGUGCUGUCUUAGACUCUAGAAAAUGGACUUUUCCCACCAUUCAUUGAAUCAUUAGGAGAUAGGCAUCUUCUAAAGAUUUUUUUAUAUUUUGUAAUAAUUGAUACAUAGAUAAAAUUGUAUAUUACAUGUAAGGUAUGAUGAGUAACAGAAUUAAUACUUAAAAACUCAUCACACCUAACUAAAGACACGGAAAGCUGCCAAUUACAUAUAUGUAUGUUCUUCCUAUUUUCUUACCUCUUUCCCCACAUCAUUUUUUAUUGUUCCUUGCCCUUUUUUAAUCACACAUGUAUAUUCUUCAAACAUACUGUUUCAUUUUUUGAAGCUUUCUACAUAUAGUGUCUGAAUGUGAAGUCUUACUCGCUUUUUUGAGUUUAUGUUUAAAAUUCUUGUGCUUAUAUGCAUGGAUGGUUUAGUUGCUCUGUAGUAUUCUGUUUGAGUAUACCACAUCAAGUGUUCAUUUUCCUAUCAGUUGACAUUUGUUUUUAGUUUUUGUUGGUAGAAACAGUACACUCAAAAAAUACUUGACUGUCCCCUGGUACACAUAUGCAAGAGACUUUAUACAUAAGAAUGGAGUUGUUGGCUUGUCAAUUUUGCAAAAUAAUGCCAGGUAUUUUCCAAAAUGAUGAUAUUCUCUUGAGUAGUACUUCCGGAACUUUGCAAUGUUUUAUUGUUAAUGUAGCAUAUAUAAAAAAGUAUCUCAUAAUUUUAA